AUGGGUGCACGUCUCGUCGUAGCACUGCUGCUGUGCCUCUCGGCCGGUGGGGCAUUGGUAGUGCGAGGAGAGGACCCUUACCUCUUCUUCACCUGGAACAUCACAUACGGCACCAUCGCUCCAUUGGGUGUUCCGCAACAGGCCAUUCUCAUCAAUGGUCAAUUCCCCGGUCCCAACAUCAACUCCACCGGCAACAACAACGUUGUGGUUAAUGUGUUCAAUAACCUGGACGAGCCUUUCCUCCUCACAUGGAACGGCGUCCAACAAAGGAAAAACUCCUGGCAAGAGGGUCUGCCCGGAACCAACUGCCCCAUCCCCCCAGGGAAGAACCAGACAUACCACUUCCAAGUGAAGGACCAGGUCGGGAGCUACUAUUACUUCCCUAGCACCGCCCUCCACAAAGUGGUCGGUGGCUUCGGCGGUCUCCGGGUCAAUAGCCGUCUGCUCAUCCCCGUCCCAUUCGCAGCCCCGGAGGACGAUUACACCGUCCUCAUUGGCGACUGGUACACCAAGAGCCACUCCGCCCUCAGGAAGCUGUUGGACAGCGGUCGCUCCAUUGCGAGGCCCGACGGCGUCCUCAUCAAUGGCAAAUCCGGGAAGCUGCCCCAGGAGAAGAUGGAGCCUAUGUUCACCAUGAAGCCCGGGAAGACGUACAGGUACAGGGUUUGCAACGUGGGGCUCAAGACCUCCCUCAACUUCAGGAUCCAAGGCCACACCAUGAAGCUGGUGGAGAUGGAAGGCUCCCACACCAUCCAGAACUCCUACGACUCCAUCGACGUCCACGUCGGUCAGUGCUUCUCCGUCCUGGUCACCGCUGACAAGGACCCCAAGGACUACUACAUGGUGGCUUCCUCCAGAUUCACCAAGCAGGUCCACACCGCCACCGCCAUCCUCCGCUACACCAACGGCAAAGGCCCCGCCUCUCCUGAGCUCCCCCCAGCGCCAGUUGGAUGGGCCUGGUCCCUCAACCAGUUCCGCUCCUUCCACUGGAAUCUCUCCGCCAGUGCUGCCCGACCUAACCCCCAGGGAUCCUACCACUACGGUGCCAUCAACAUUUCCCGCACCAUCAAGCUCGUCAAUUCCGCUAGCACCGUCGGUGGAAAGCUCCGCUAUGCCAUCAAUGGCGUCUCCCAUACCGACAAAGAGACACCCCUGAAGCUGGCCGAGUACUACGGAGUUGCGGACAAGGUGUUCAAGUACAACCUCAUCGGGGAUGAACCGCCGGCAAAGGGUGCGGAUAAGAUCACCGUGGCGCCCAAUGUCCUCAACGUCACUUUCCGCACAUUUGUGGAGAUCAUUUUUGAGAACCAUGAGAAGAACGUUCAGACGUGGCAUUUGGACGGCUACUCUUUCUUCCCUGUUGCCAUCCAAUCAGGGAGGUGGACCCCAGAUUGUAGAAAGAACUACAACCUUCUUGAUGCAGUGAGCAGGAAUACAGUUCAAGUGUACCCAAAAUCUUGGGCAGCCAUCUUCUUGACAUUCGACAACGCUGGAAUGUGGAACCUGAGGUCGACACAAUGGGAAAGGAAUUACUUGGGGCAGCAGCUCUACAUCAGCGUUCAAUCCCCUGCACGCUCCCUCAGGGAUGAAUACAAUGCCCCCGACAACGUCCAGCUCUGCGGAAUCGUCAAGAACUUGCCCAAGCCUCCACCGUACACCCCCUAA